AUGUCAGGUCACACUGGCGAAUGUGCUUGCAAUUUCGUCCACCAACAUCCUAGUUUAGAUGGAAAUUUGGAAAAGGGCGAAGAAUUACUACAGUUGCAGAGUCGCCAUCUUCAACUACAAGCCGACGUGGCUGAGUUAAUUAAAAAGUCGCAUCACUUUGAUCCCACAUCAUCGUCACCAAAGGAGCACGAUGUUGAAGACCACUUAAGUACAAAAAAAUGUAAUCAGCAUUCUCAGAAGCGCGGUUCGUCUGCCACCAAACAAGCACCACUUAAGUCCUAUCGGCGAGGCGUAUGUACAGUUCCAGUUUGUGCUGCACUUGCCACACAACCGAAUCACAGAUUACAGGACUUUAAUUCAAAUGCCCUCGAAGAAAGCGAGGGGAUUGAACCGUCAGCAUUGUCUUGCCGUGGAGUUGCUGGUGGCGCAUCUACCGGAACAAUUGAUCUCCGAGAUAUCCGUGAAGAGAUCAGUCUCCUACGUCGAAAAUUUGAUGAAGAACUGCACAACAUGCAGUCGGUGUUGCACGAUAAUAGAAUGGAAAUUGCCAGGUUGUUUGAGGCGCCGAAGUCUUCAUCUGAGAGCAAAGAGAACGCCGCGCCACCUUCCGGUUCACCAGUUUUGUCGACUAAGCGGACACUUGAGGGCACGCAUGGCUUUCCUUCAUCGCCGCCGCCGCCACCACCGCAGAUUCUAACCGACGCCCAGCAAGUUCUAACCGAUGCAACACGACGCCGGAAGGUUUUCGACCACGCGGUCGCCAAUUUUGAGCGCGAUCGCCAACAAAAUGAUAUUUUCGACAUUCUGGAGACGCUUGGACAGCUAGGCGAUGACGAAGACAACGACGUGCUGCGUAUAAAGGCCCUACUUGAUGAUGCCGUGAAGGACCUCGAGACUAAACCGAAUUCGCAUAAGUCACCAAUUUUAGCAGCAAGCAGCUCCAAUGCACGCGCCAAUCGUUUGUCAGUUCCCAAACAAGCUCGUGCUGCAGCGCCUUCGAAAAAUUCUCAACUCAAACCAACCGCUAGAGGUAAUGUAGCCUUGGGGGGCAAAGCGUCCUUGUCUAAACGCAGACCCACGUCUAUGCCGCCUCCAGCCACAAACGACGCACCCGCGCGAAGCCGUGGCACUAGCCUGGCGGAACUGGUCGAUUUUUCCACCAAUCAGCGUGCUCCACCACUGAUGCAACAAACAAAGGUCGUUUUGCCGUCUUUGCCAGAAGUACUGCCUCCACCAACACCGGCAGCCCCGCCAAAUCCACCAACUAGCGCGAAAUAUGUCCGGUUUAAAGGAGACCGUUCCAAGGCCAGAAGUCCGCGACCACCUACGUCAGCUGUUGCUGUACAGCAGCCUCCUACUCGGGGCAGUUUGAAAAAGCCACCAACAUUCCUGCCGCUCGGAAUGCGUCAGUACACGGCAUGGCCUCCGCCGGAUCGCACAGACAUUCCACCUCCAACCGUGCCACCACCACCACCAAUAACAACAACAGGAAUAGGUGUUUCAGCAGAAUCGGUGCGUCGACAACUGGAAGAAGGGAUGUUGGCGCGAAUUCUACAGCAGCUCUCAUCUCUGAAUGCUUCACUCAGGCCGUCUUCCACAGAAGCCGUCGCAACAUUGUCACCCGAUGUGCUCAAGGAGCUGCUCAACGAGGCUUUGCGCGGGCAUGUGACUGAAGCGGCGCGACCGAAGACGCCUCCAACUUCCAAGCCUCCACCGCGUCGAUGUAUCAACGUCGGCACCUCGCCACCAACUUCACUGGAAGAGUCGUCGAGGUUGCCACCAUCACCCGCAGACAUCGUGUUAAUCGAGAGAGCUGCGAGUGCUGAGCCAAUACCGCACAGCCCGAGCAAGGAAUCCGUCGGCAUCUCCGUCCAAUCAAAGCAGCCGAUUCGUAGUCCCUCUCUUCCCAGCUUUACACCAGAAGCUGCAGCGCCACUCCGCUUAAAGUCAUCGUCUCCUUCCCCGUCAGCUGACGUCGCCACCGCCACCGCCGUAACCCCAAACCUCACGUCGUCUGUGGAGACGACGAGUGAUGCUGACGAGGCGUGGAGUUUAACGGCGCCUCAUUCGUUCAGCGAAGGUGUCUGGUUGGAACAAGAUCUGUCAAUGGGUGAAAAAAGUAGACUGCCUCUUGAUGCCAAGGAGGCGUCGAAAUUGGCCAGAAGGCUGGGCCAAAUGCCAUCGGUGUGUGAAAGUCCUGGAACUACUUCGACAACGAGUUCCUCGCAAACUCACAGCUUGGGGGAGUUCACCGUGGAGGAGAUCAGUCGUCGACCUGGUGCUUGGGUUGCUCCGUGGCGCGAUCCGCUUCUUCAUCUCAUUGCGCUGAAUGCGUCUCGGCAGAACUCCAAACUACCGUGGAAUCAACAGCAGAAGAUUGAACAGGCGGCUGCAGCAUUAAAACGACGCCAGCACGAGCAGACGCCGCCGCCGAAUGAAGACGACGUAGAUGUGGCGGAGGAGCACUUCGAUUGGAUGGACGAAAUGCUCACCAAGUUGGAGACCGAGGCACUAGCAACCACCAAUCAAAUCUCGACCCCGGACCAGAUGUCUCUGGGCGAGGUUGUCGUCGUGUCCAAGACCAAACGCCAAGAGAUUCUCGCCAAAUCGUCCAUGCGGAUGCGCCAACGCGAUAACUGCGCCUCCUCUGACGACGAAGAAACAACUCUAACGCCAACAGAAACAAUCAGUGCCGCUUCGCGCAAAGUUGAACCGACUUUGGUUGCCAAGGCGACGAAUGCGAUCUCUGAAGGUCACGAUAAGGACGACCUAUCGCAAGCAGAAGGCUCCAGUUCGAAGCGGUCCCUGCUUUCCGCGGUAGAGGUUCUUUCAGACGACGACGACGACGACGUUGAAGAAGAAGACGUCGGUGAGGCUACAUUAAAGUUGGACAGCGAGUCAAGCAGAGAACAGGACUUGACAAAUAUAGAUUUUGAUUCGAAUAGUGAUGAGGAGAAGGAUGAGCAAAAGGAGUAG